GGCUGCCCCACCUGGCGGCCACUUUCGUAACGAGCUCGUCCCCGAGCGCGGAGCAGUGCGACAUCUCUGGAGGACGUGCGAUAGUUCUUCCGUACAAGCCGUGGAUAAUGCUGCUCAAUUGAGGCACUGAACAUGGAGGCCAUGGCAGCGUAUGCCGAGGAGGCUGCACUGGAUGGGGGUGCCAUCAUCCUUAUCCCGCAGGAGGAUGGGCAGCCUGUGCUGCUUGGGGAGGCCCUGGUGGGUGGUGGCUCCCAGCUGGUGCUUGGUCAGCUGCAGCCACUGCAGAUUGAAGAUGCCCCAUUGGUGUUUGCCCCGGUUGCCAGCACUGAGGGCUCCUUGGUGGCCACACCUGCCAUGGUCAGCGAACCCUCACCACAGCACGAGGAGGCAGCCAGCUCUCUCAGGCCGGAGGCUGGGGCAGCACCUUUGCUGCGCACAGUGACGCAGACAUUGAAAGUGCGCUGGCUAGACGAGCUACUGGAGCACAAGGCCAUCUCCUGUCCCAUCCACGACUGCCCGUUCACCUGCCCUGCCAUCACAGCAAUGGAGAAGCACUACUCACAGUGCACUGGGGUCAAUGGUUCUGGGCUAGACCAGUGCCCCUACUGUGAGGCCCAGUUCCUCACCCACAGUAGUGCCUUGCACGUGCACAUAGUGGAGCAGCAUCCCACCAGGCGCUCCCUCAUGCACUCGCACGUGGGUGAGGGCCGCUACCGCAAAACCCUGACUAGACGAACCAAGUCCCCUAUGCCGCCACCCAAGCAGCCCGUGUUGGCCAGGCCCACUGCUGGACAGAAGCAGCAGCAACAGCAAGCUGGCAGCACCCAGUGGGACUGGGAGCAGCGUCGGCGCACCUACUCACGCUCCUGGGGUGAGCCCAUGGGCCCCACAUCGGAGCUGUUCCGCAGGCCGGGCUCUGAGGAGGAAGACCCGCUGCAGCUGCCCCGAUCAGUGAUCAAUCGCAGCGAGAUCACUCUCUCCUCUGAGGAGCUCGCCUUGGACGAGCAUCAGCUACAGCAGGAGGCCACUGAAUCGGGUGAAGGAGGGCAGCCUUCGGUGGAGACGCCGACACCCGAGACAAUACGGCUGGAGCCGAUGCCGGCGGCCCGGACUAACCGUGGCCGGGGGGCCAGCCCCCGGCGGCCUCCUCGCAGCCGCAACCGAGGGGAGAAUGUGCGCACCAUGCAGGUGAUAGUGAAGAAUACCUCGGGUGCGGAGAGUACGAGUGCGCUGCUGCGCAACCCCCGGGUGCUGCAGACCUUGGGCGACCUGGCUGUGAAUGCUGCAAGCACUGGUGCUGCAGCCACCAUCACUCUGGCCACCGGCUCACAGCAGCAGGCUGAAGAGGAUGAGGCCGACCAGGCUGUGGUGGCUGUGCACAGUGCAACAGCCUCGGAUGGCCGCUACCUCCAGGUGGAGCGAGCCCUGAAGGCACCCACUCUGCAGCCUGCUGAAGUGGACCGUUUCUUUGGGCGGCGUGUGGACUGUUCGUGCCAGACAGACGAUUUGCCUCCAGCACUGCCACCUGUUCGUCCUGAGCUGCCUGGUACAAUUGCACCUCCCGCGAUACUAAAGAGGACUCGCCUGCUGGCACCUCCACAAGCAAAAGUGCCUGGCAGGCCACUGGCUGUCAGCAUAGUCUGUUCAAGCCGUGCCUCGUCAUCUGAUGAAGAUGACGAUGGUGACGUACGAGGGUCGGUUGUGCAAACACCACUGAAGAAAUUGAUGCAAUCAUCAGAGCAGGAGCAACCACCACAGCAGGUAUUUUCACAAGUGGAUCAUUCAGCGACAACACAGCCAGCUGCAGAGCAGCGUCAGCUAGUUCAGCAGUUUGUCCUUACCACAUCAGUUCAACCACACCAGAAGCCACAGGAAGCAGUCCAGCCUGGUUCAGAGCUGCCACAGCUGAUGGUGCAGCCUCAGCAGUUGCCUGUUCCAGUCAGCCAGGAUGUUAUGCUGGAGCAACCAUUGCAGCGCCAGGUGACCCAGCUGUUCACCCUGCAGAAAUUGUCGGCUGCCCAGCCGGAAGAGUGUGUGGUGCCUAUGCACCUGACUGAACAGAGGGCUGACUCAGCACAACCUUUCACUGGGUCUGCUGAGCAAGCCCAGUCAAAGCCGGGAACCGUUCAAGCAGAAAAUGAGCAGGAAGUUGUUCAAAUUCCUGAGCAGAAAAUUGUUCAAACAGGAAGUGAGCAGGAAGUUGUUCAAAUUCCCUGAGCAGAAAAUUAUUCAAGCAGGAAAUGAGCAAGAAAUUGUUGAAAUUCCUGAGCAAGAAACCGUUCAAGCAGAGAAAGAGCAGGACAUUGUUCAAAUUUCUGAGCAAGAAAUCGUUCAAGCAGAGAAAGAGCAGGAGAUUGUUCAAAUUCCUGAGCAGGAAAUUGUUCAAGCAGGAAAUGAGCAGGAAUUUCGUCAAAUUCCUGAGCAGAAAAUCAUUCAAGCAGGAA